CCCAAGAAUUAUCGUGAUAUCAACACUAUCCUGGGACCUGCGGAGUUUUUCUAACUCGCCACGUUUUGGACAGGCCUUCUGUUAGGAAAGGGUGCUUAAAUUCAUUACGGCGUAAAUCGGUUUAAGCAUCAUGGCGCGACGUUUGCAAGGGAGGCAGACGCGGAAGGGAAAGAAACCGCAGAAAUCAUCCUCUCAAGUAACAGGAAAUGAAGGCGGACUCCCAGAAGAGAGACGGCGACGCCGAUACAAACCUGGCACUCUUGCAUUAAAGGAAAUCAGAAAAUUUCAGAAAAGCACCGAACUCCUAAUCCGUAAAGCACCUUUUUGCCGUUUGGUUAGAGAGAUUUCGAAUGAAGUCUCGCCAGAGCCUUUUCGAUACACCGCGGAAAGCCUCCUGGCAAUCCAGGAAGCAACUGAGGACUUUUUAGUUCACCUAUUUGAAGACUGUAAUCUCUGUGCAAUCCAUGCAAAGCGCGUGACAAUUAUGCCAAAAGACCUACAGCUUGCAAGACGGAUUCGCGGCCCCGUUUAUGGAGUCUCGGCAUACUAGUUUUGAGUGUUUGUAUCGAGACAAUAUAAAGUUCUUGUGUUUGAGUGCUCACACAAUGAACCUUUAAAUACAAAAUCUGAAGAUGGUUACGCUAGUCGACUCGCUUUCAGGCACUUUAAUCAGGAAAAAAAAACUACAAUGCCCGCAAUAAAUGAGGUCUAAUAACAUUCUGAAUACAAGUUAUCUUGCCUG